GGUAAAUCAGAAGGCCAAAUACCCCCUGGUUUUUGUGUCUAAUUGGUGUACAGCUGUAUGUGUGGAGUCUGGGACAGAUCAUGUAUGAGGACUUGGUAAGAUAAGAUGCCCCCCAUAUGUUAUUUUCCCACACUUGUCCUUCACAUUUUACUUCAGCUGUGGCUGUGUCAGGGGGGCUUGACCACCAGGGAUAUCAUUAUUUGAAUUACAAGAAACUAAAUGAUGGGUGUGUUUACAGCAUUUUUGGCAUGUCUCUUAGUGUCUUUUGUGCUUGGCCAGCAGGCCUGUAUUAGUAAGCUUUGUCCGGAGGAAUAUAUACCAGUAUGUGGCUCUGAUAUGAUGACAUAUGGAAAUGACUGUGAACUGGAAAUUGCUGUUUGCAUCUUUAAUGGAAAAGGACAGACAUUGUCAAAGAUUGGUGAUGGAGAGUGUUCUCAAUUUACCACUACUACAGUGAAAACAACUACAAUAAAACCAACCACAACUACGAAGCCAACUACCACUGCUGAACCAACAACCACAGUACCAACAACAACAACAACAACAGUACCAACCACCACAAAACCAACAACCACAGUACCAACCACCACGGAACCAACAACCACAGUACCAACAACCACAGUAACAACCACCACAGUACCAACCACCACAGAACCAACCACCACAGUACCAACAACCACAGUACCAACAACCACAGUACCAACAACCACAGAACCAACAACCACAGUACCAACAACCACAGUACCAACAACCACAGUGCCAACCACCACAGUGCCAACCACCGCAGAACCAACAACCACAGUAGCAAUCACCACAGAACCAACAUCCACAACAGUACCGCCAACUACCAGUACCACAAUGAAAAUAACCACAACUACUAAACCUUCAACAACACCAAAAUGUGUGUAUGGUGGCUGUGGCUCUAAACAGUAUGUGUGUGGUACUGAUGGCAAGACAUACCUUUGUGCAAAUCAUUUGGACCAUGUUAAUUGCCGUAGUGGCAGUAAUGUUAAGAUUGAACGUUAUGGGCGUUGUUUAAAGACCACUCCAGUACCCACAACAGUGACCACAACUACUCCUUCAACAACUACAACUACUACUACUACCACUGUACCAACUCAUACCACAAAAUAUCCUGGAUUUGGGGUUUGUGACUACAAUGGGUGUCCAAGUAUUCAGUGGCUAUGUGGAACUGAUGGAAAAUCCUAUAUCUGUGAGUUAUUGGGAUAUAUUUAA